UCUACUAGAUCUUAAAUAUUGAAGUAAAUAUGGAGUACCUAGCUGUCUAUUAUAUUUUUAAAUAAGGAAACAUACGGUUACAAAAUAUAUUUAAAGUGGUAUUCCAUUCAUCAAAUUUAGAGAAUUCCAAUUAACGCUAUCAAGAGAACAUUACCAACGCAAUAAGGACCUAAAUAGUAGCAGUGAGAUGCGCCCGCGGCGCGGCGCUGCCGUCGCGCGCUUAUCCGACGCCAUUUUCACACUGUCCGUGAGCUUUCCCGCACCGAGAUCGCCAACCAUCCCCCGCAGCGGCAGUGUUUCGAGACACGAGUCGUGUCGCAAGCUACAGUGCCCUUCGCACGUGCUGCCAUCCUAACCGUGUCGAUUAAAUAUUCACUGAAAAUAAGUUAUCAUAAAACACUCCGAUGACACUUAUUCAAGGGGCUUGUGAAGAAAAUAAUAAACAUAUGGAUGGACACCAGGCCAAGGAAGACAGCGGGAAAUCCAUUAGACCUGUUAGGAACAGAAGAUAUACACGGCGAAGCUUAGUUGCCGGUCAGAGACCUCAGAAGAGGCUCUUCACGCCAGAAAUAAAACGUUACUUGAAAGAUUGGUUGGUUAGACGUAGAGACAAUCCCUACCCUAAUAGAGAAGAGAAGAAAUAUUUAUCCCACGAAACAGGACUAACAUACAUUCAAAUUUGCAACUGGUUCGCUAAUUGGCGAAGAAAACUUAAGAAUGUCAACGCUGAUCGUAACCAACACACCUGGGGUCAUUUAAUCCGUACGUAUAAUGACCGUGCGCAAGGCAACGUAGAGCAAUUCAGUAUCUGCUCGGACGACAGCAUAUGGAGCGAAGCUGGCCAGGCCAGUCCCAACGCAGAAUCAUUGGAUAUUGAUAACGGGCUAACGAACAGUCCAGAUUAUAUGACAGAAUAUCAACCAGUUGAAUCGGACACAUCCUCAACGUCCAAGGAGAAAUACGAAAUAUAUAACAAUAAUUCAUACGUAGAUGGUCACAAUAAUAAUGAGUGUGGUGUGCCUAUUACUAGUCCACUCCUUCUUAGUAAGUGGUUAGAGAGUGCAGCACGUUUCCAACCCAGUGAGACUAAUUACUCUUGGUGGGCAGACGGGAAACGGCGAAAAACCGAGUCGAAGGUCCACAAGAUAAUUAAUACGACACGACAUGACCGGGACGAAGUAGAAGCGGCUGUAGCUCUAACGACUUUAGCUAGUGCUUCGAGCCGCCUUACUGCGCCCUGAUCUGGUUUCAGAGAACAGUAUUUGUUUUUAUAUUUCAAUGCCUUUCGUACCUUAUUUUAAGAGGUAACUAAAUGAGUAUUUUAUAUGCCUAGAAAUAAGGCUUACUAAUUGGAAGACAAAGCUGUAAGUUUGCAGAUUUAUUUUUUGAGAUAAAAUACGUCCACAGAUCCUUAUGUCAUGAUCUAUAUAUAUAUAUUAUAUGACCUUAUGUAAGUCAUCUCAAUUUAAGUCAUAUAUUUUUUAAUUCUUAACUUCGAGGAUUGGUAACUUUAUCAUUAUCAAAGUAGGUACAUAGAGACACAAACGUUCACGUUAAAGUACAAAUUAUCAAGGGCUGUCUCACUUUAAAGUAAAUCUUUAGAAAUUACACCAAUAAAAACUUACCCACGAACAAUAAAUUUAAAAUAGGCCGACAGCGGUUAAGAUAUAUAUGUAAUAUGGCUGUGUAAUACGAAAUACUCAUAAAAUAUAAAAUUACACUAGAACUAACUACCUAUUCCAGGUAGUGAGUUUUUGUUAGAUAUACGUUUUGUAAGUGACCAAAGCACUAAUAACAGUUACUACAAAUACUAGAUACAGCACGAAUGAAGAAAUAGGUACUACUGUAUAUUUUUAUAUUUCUGGUGCAAUAAAGAGUUAAAAAAAUACUACAGUGCGUCAGUGAGCUAUUUACUUUCCUAAGUAGGUACAUACAUGUAACCUAUUCUUUUGAUUAGAAUACCUUAAAAUAAAAUUUGACUGACAAGCAUUCGUUUAUAGAUAUAUAAUCUUUCCUUUAACGGCUGGGAUUCUUUAAAGAGUUCAUUGGUUGUCAAUAAAGGUACACAAUAAUUUCAGUCAAAAAAUAAAUAAAAUUUAUACAACACACCUCAUUAUUGAACAGUCUUGCUCAAGUAUUAUUAUAUGUAAGCCUUUUAUAGAAAUAUGAUGAUAAUGACGAUUUGAUCUCCAUUAGACAUAAUAAGCUGAACCUUACCAAAGAAUGUGUUUAAAAUUAUAAUAAAAAGAAAUGUUUGUUUUAAAAUGAAUGUUGUUAUUUUACUCUAGUGACCAUGGACUUCCAAAAUUAAGUGAUACAACUGUAUAGUCACAAAUAUAAUAAGAGAGCAAAAUACUUAUAAUUGAUCAAGUGCUUUAAUAAUUUACUGUAACACAACAGCAUAAUUUAGGAUUUUACUGUCAAAAUAAAGAAGAACAAUAUAUGCAACUGUAUGGAAACACUAAUGAUUUCAUAUAUUUUACUAUCAUACUGUUUCAACACAGUAAAUAAUGGUCUGUGAUCCUUGCCUACUACAAAAAAAAUUAAAGUAAAUUUAUAACUGAUGACUCGUCUAACAUAUAGAUGACAUUUAGUAACAAAAAACUUAAGGAGAGAUAAGUAUUUAAUAAUCUAGUUUUGUGAAUGUCACACUUACUUGCUUCCUAGAAGUUUGGUAAAUUCAAUAACUUCCUAAGUUGCAUAGUUAGGUACUUUAUUAACAAUAAAUAGGUCGACAUUUCUGUGUGAACUUUACAGAUGCAGGAACGAAAUUACUUGUUUCAUAAAAAUUAUUUGAGAAAGUAGAGAAAAUCUGUUUACAGUGUGUUAUCUGUUUUUCUUUAUAUUUUAUGUGUAACUUUAUGUUCGCAGCCAGAUGGC